AUGGCGGAGGGAUCGAUAGCACAUCAAGGAACUGCGAGCGCCGACGGACUUCAGCCUGGUCACGACAUCUUUCGCACACCACAUAACGACUUGUUUUAUGCUACAAAGCUUCACUCAGAGCUAGACCCCACUCAACAUCAGAUACGUCUUGUCAAACUCUGGCCUGGUACUGAAGACGAUGUCAUCGAAUGCACGUUGCUCCCAGGCGUACCUUUGGUCGACAAGAAAGGGCAAUACACGGCUCCAUCGUAUUGCGCAGGCUCCGCAAAGAACACCGAAUCUAUUAUCCUCAACGGCAAGCCAUUCAACGUAUUCGCAAAUCUGGCACAUGCUCUGAGAGAAGUGCGCAACUUCUGGGCGAGCACACACGGCGAUAGAGAAUGCAUAUUGUGGAUCGAUCAAAUCUCAAUCAACCAGAGCGACAUCAAAGAGAGAUCACACCAGGUACGAUUUAUGCGAGAGAUCUAUCAGUAUGCGGAACAAGUCCUUGUUUGUCUGUCGACUGAAAAGGUCGAUCCGAGAGGAAUGAACUGGCUUGUUGAGCUAGCUAGGGACGCUUCCUUUUGUCAUCUUGUAACGAAAUCGGAAGUGUAUGACGACAUACCGGACAAUCAAGAAUGUGCCGAAUUCACAAAAGAAGACAUCCGGAUGCUUCUCAACAGACAUGUCUACGCCAAAGCAGGAGAUGAAGAGUUUUUCGAAGGUUGGCUUGCUUUCUACAAGGUCAUUGAAGCACCGUGGUUCACUAGAGCUGGGACAUUUGCAUCCUGGAGGCUCCUUUAUCCACUGUGGACGAUCGUCUGCUCAUGGGAAUAUUACAACCAUCCUAUUAAGUAUGCUAUCAUGACAGACAUACAGGAGCACGCAAGGUCGGACAGCAUGAAGGUAAGUACUCCUUCCGCCGAGAACAUGCGCAUGAACUUGAACAUGGUACCUGACUCGGUCUUCGCUGAGCUGUACGAACAACAACUCGAUAGAUACCAUAGUUCAGAGGGCCAUAUUCAUCAAGGAUUUGCGCCAGCUGCAGGCUUCGCAGGUGAUGAGCUGAUCGCGCCUUCGGGCGGAUACGUCGAAGAGGCAGAUUGGAAUGCGGAUGUUGACGACGACGAGUCCUUGUUACCGAAAUCUCCAUGUCCCUCCCUGGUUCCCUUGUCGGAGGUCAACGUCCUUAUCACAGCCAUGGAUAACGACGCCAACCACCUGGAUCCGUGGCCGCCGCUCUCUGAGUGGCUUGCACUACUCCACGUCAGUGUGCAAGGUCCCGCUACGCGCAUGCGCUCGAAGAUCAAAAGCGUAUUGUUGAAGAAGCUAGACGCGAUGGCCAAGAUGGAGAUGGCAGAGAACAAAGCGGCUAUCAUAGAGCUGCUUGGGAUUAGAUGCUGA